CCCGAAGACGCUGGCGGCAACGGCCGGCGGCCGCCAAGGGCUACUCGAAGACGGGGGGCGUUCGCUGCUUCCCCCUCCCCCUCCGAGGCCAGCUCGAUGGAGAUGUGGAACAUGAUCUCUGAAAUGGGAUUAAAGCAGCGUCACUGACUUCAAUAUACACUUCAUUUUUGUUUUUGACUUAAAGUGCCAUGAGAAAAUUUGCGUAUUGUAAGGUGGUCCUUGCCACCUCACUGGUUUGGGUCCUUCUGGAUAUGUUUUUGUUACUUUACUUCAGCGAAUGCAACAAAUGUGAUGAGAAAAAAGAGAGAGGCCUACCACCUGGAGAUGUUCCAGAACUUGUACAAAAACCUCAUGAAGGCCCUGGAGAAAUGGGGAAACCUGUUGUCAUUCCUAAAGAGGACCAAGAAAAAAUGAAGGAAAUGUUUAAAAUUAACCAGUUUAAUUUAAUGGCAAGUGAAAGGAUUGCACUCAAUAGAUCUUUACCUGAUGUCAGAUUGGAAGGGUGUAAGACAAAAGUAUAUCCAGAUAACCUUCCUACAACAAGUGUUGUAAUUGUCUUUCACAAUGAAGCUUGGAGUACUCUCUUGCGAACUGUACAUAGUGUCAUCAACCGGUCACCGCGACACAUGCUGGAAGAAAUUAUUCUGGUAGAUGAUGCUAGUGAAAGAGAGUUCUUGAAGAGACCCUUGGAGAACUAUGUGAAGAAAUUACGAGUACCAGUUUAUGUGAUUCGAAUGGAGCAACGUUCUGGACUGAUCAGAGCCAGAUUGAAAGGAGCUGCUGCUUCUAAAGGCCAAGUCAUCACCUUUUUAGAUGCUCAUUGUGAAUGUACAGUAGGAUGGCUGGAGCCACUGCUAGCACGGAUAAAAUUAGACAGGAGAACAGUAGUUUGUCCAAUUAUUGAUGUAAUCAGCGAUGAUACAUUUGAAUAUAUGGCAGGUUCUGAUAUGACUUAUGGUGGGUUCAACUGGAAGUUGAAUUUCCGGUGGUAUCCUGUUCCACAGAGAGAAAUGGACCGAAGGAAAGGUGACAGAACCCUUCCAGUCAGGACGCCUACAAUGGCAGGAGGCCUUUUUUCUAUAGAUAGGGACUAUUUUCAAGAAAUUGGGACAUACGACGCAGGAAUGGAUAUAUGGGGAGGAGAAAACCUAGAAAUUUCAUUCAGAAUUUGGCAGUGUGGGGGAACUUUGGAAAUUGUGACAUGUUCGCAUGUUGGACACGUUUUUCGAAAAGCCACUCCUUACACUUUCCCAGGAGGGACAGGGCAGAUUAUUAAUAAAAAUAAUAGACGACUUGCAGAAGUUUGGAUGGAUGGCUUCAAGAAUUUCUUCUACAUAAUUUCCCCAGGGGUUACAAAGGUAGAUUAUGGAGACAUAUCAUCACGACUUGGACUUAGACACAAGCUGCAGUGCAAGCCUUUUUCCUGGUACCUAGAGACUGUUUAUCCUGAUUCCCAAAUACCACGACUCUAUUUCUCUUUGGGAGAGAUAAGAAACAUGGAAACAAAUCAGUGUCUGGAUAACAUGGCAAGGAAAGAAAAUGAAAAAGUUGGCAUUUUUAAUUGUCACGGGAUGGGUGGCAAUCAGGUUUUCUCAUAUACAGCCAACAAAGAAAUUCGAACAGAUGAUUUGUGCUUAGAUGUCUCCAAACUUAAUGGUCCUGUCACAAUGCUCAAGUGCCACCACUUAAAAGGCAAUCAACUUUGGGAAUAUGAUCCAGUGAAAUUAACCCUUUUGCAUGUGAACAGUAACCAGUGCCUGGAUAAAGCCACUGAAGAAGACAGCCAGGUACCCAGCAUCAAAGACUGCAGCGGUGGCCGCUCUCAGCAGUGGCUUCUUCGUAACGUCACCCUUCCAGAAAUAUUCUGAAAGGAGUCAAAGAGGAGGAUUGACUGGACUACCUCAGCAAGUACGUGGGCUACGAUUUUAUGUAGCAAGCAAAGGCUGCAAGGUUUAUUGGCCACUGGAGCAGAUUUCUAAAUCUUGAAGAGCCAGCCAUCCUGGUGUUAAGGGUGUGGGACUACAUGAGUACUUGUGAACCUGCGCACACUGAUGUUUACAAGAUUGAAAAUAGUUCAUCAAAGAAUCAUUUAAUAGAACAUUUGGACCGUGGAAACAAUCAAGGAAUUAUGCACUCUGGAGAGUGGCACAACCGAGUUCUCUUGUACAUCAGCAGCCUUGACCAAAGGUGCUGUUACAAAGAUUCUUUUACAAGGUUUAAUGUUAACCAAGGUAUCAAACAUAAAUGCAAAUAUAAAUGGAGAAGUUUUAAUAUCACAAGAGGGGGGGAAAUCACUGAAGCAAGAAUCAGGGUUCAGAGGCAAAAAAACACACAAAUCAGAACUAUAUAAGAAGUACAAUUUGUAAUACUAAAUAUCAGAUUUAUAUGUAGAUUUUUUACUUCGGUGGGGGGGAAAUAACCAAGUGAGACACAAUUUCUGUUCAAUUGUGUGGUAGUCCAUUAAUAUCCUUUCUUCCUCCCCUGAUGGGUCUUGAGCUUAUUAGGAGCAAAAGUAAAAUUGAGUAUAAAUAAAAUUGGCUCUUUGAAUGUCAGUUCAACAUUUUUAAACUUUCAUUUUGGCUUGCAGGCUGUUGGAACUGUUAAUACAUCUUUUUUUUUAAUGAUCUGAAAACUGGAGAUGCAUCCUUUGAUGUGACUUGCUAUUCAGUUGUACUUGGGUCAAUCAGCUUUUGACCUUCCAUCACCAAAUUAAGAAUUUGUUAGUAAAAUCUGUUAACUUGACUGAUAAUGCUUAAUGGCCAACUCUCUUACUACUGUACUACAGGUUUUGUUUUCACAGCAAUAAAUCUUUCGUUUUUUGACUCCA